ACAAUGACUUCGCCCCUGUUGCCUGCUGAACUGCUCGUGUCCACAUCCGCCCUCUUUCUGCUUGUAACCUUCUGCAUGUACACAAUGUCUAUGAGAUCAAAGAAUCCAUUGCGCCCGACCGAGUGGCCAAUAGUUGGCAUCCUCCCUUCCCUCGUCGUCAACCUCCACCGACUCCACGAUUACGCCACCGACGCCCUAGCCUGCUGCGGGCACAACUUCAAGUCGUGCUUAACUGGCAUGCGGUUCCUGCUCACCUGCGACCCGACGAAUAUCCGGCACAUCUUCACCUCAAACCAUGCCAACUACCUCAAGGGAGUGGAGUUCUCGGAGAUGUUCGACGUGACCGACGGCAGCUUCUUCACCGUCGACGGCGAGCCAUGCCGGCGGCAGCGCGCCAGGAUCCAGAGCAUCUUCAGCAGCCCGCGCCUCCUCGCCCUCAUGGCCGAGUGCUGCCGUGACAAGGUGGAGAAGGGCGUCACCCCGCUCCUAGCACGCAUGGCGAAAACGGCUGCUCCGUUUGACAUGCACGAUUUGCUCACGAGGUUCGCGUUCGACGUCACGGCCACGCCCAUAUUCGGCGUCGACCCUGGCCUACUCUCCACCAGCAGCGCCGGCAGCGCUGGCAUGCACGCCGUCGUCGCCAUGGAUACCGUCAUGGAGGUGGGGCUGUUCCGGCACACCUUGCCGAUGUGUUGCUGGAAGGCCAUGAGGUGGCUCAACGUUGGCCCAGAGAGGAAGCUCGCCGCCGCGCACAAGGUGCUACGUGGCUUCGUCGCGGAGAUGAUCGAGAGGAGGAAACUGAUGACCGACGGCUAUGCUGGCGUCCUGGAGUCGCACGCUAGCUCCGUGGAAAUUAUCAUGUCGACGUACAUCAACGAUCCGGAGUACAGCGACGACUUGCUCUGCGCGACGCUCAUCAACUUCAUGAUCGCCGGGAGGGACACUAUCGGCACGGCGCUGGUGUGGCUCUUCUACAACCUCGCCAAGAACCCCGACGUGGUGGCCUGCAUACGGAAAGAACUCGCCCCAAUCGCGUCGCGCAAAGCAGCUGCAGCAGCCACCACCAUGGUCACAUUUGAGCCCGAUGAGAUGAAACCCCUAGUCUACAUGCACGCCGUCUUGUACGAGUCGCUCAGGCUGUUCCCGCCCAUCCCCAUCGAGCGCAAGACGGUCAUCGCCGACGACGAGCUGCCGAGCGGCCACGUGGUGCGCGCCGGCGACACCAUCCUCGUCUCCCUCUACUCCUUGGGGAGAAUGCAGGAUGUGUGGGGGGAAGACUGCAUGGAGUACAGGCCGGAGAGGUGGCUCUCGGGAAAGGCCGGUGAUGGGCUCCGGUACGUGCCAACUCACAAGUUCUUGGCGUUUAACUCAGGGCCUAGGAUGUGCCUCGGAAAGGACAUCGCCAUCAUGCAGAUGAAGACCGCCGUCGCCGCCAUCGUGUGGAACUUCGACGUGGAGGUGCUGGAGGGGCAGUCUGUCCACCCCAAGUUCUCCUGCAUUCUCCAAAUGAAAAAUGGCCUUAUGAUGAAAGUGAAGAAGCGCGAAAUGUAGCGCGCUGCUGCUAGGGUGCGACCACGUCGUGCGAGCACUCAAUUAUGCAUGGCCCAUGGGAAUGGGUACCCAACCGUCCCAACCCGCAUGGGCAUGGUGGUGCCACUGUGUCCAUGGGUUAUAUCUAUCAUAAGCCCUAAGUCUUAAACGUUGACCAACGGGGGAAUGAUCCCUCCCUUGGCUAUACGUUGUUAGGUAGAAAUGAGACUCUCCCCGCGGAUGGACGCUAGGAUGAUAACCCGAUUAAAGUUCGCCCCUCCCGCGAAAUUACCGCGUGAUGGGGAUUCGAACCCGGGUGGGCUGGCUGCGCACUCGCCUUGCCUUGCCACUGAGCUGGAACUCAGUUCUCAUAAGCCCUAAGUCUUAAUAUUAUUUGUGUAAUUGUGUCACCUUCAAAGAAAAUUGUGUAAUUGUGUGUUGUGAUCCUCAUCCUCUAUUGUUGGUAUUUUUUAAUUAUUGAGGAUUCAGAGUCCUUUAUUUGAUUGUAUCAUGAAACUAAGUUAAAUUUUCAAA